AUGGCUCUACAUCAGUAUGCAUGUGGCAUCACUGUGAUGAUCAUUCUCCUCUCCAGAGGAAUUAAUUCAGAACCUGCCUGUGCCAGGUCUCUAAUCACUAGCGGGAUCUUAGAAGUGCAAGAUGCCUCUCCCGGAACUUGGCCCUGGCAUGUCACUCUUACCGACCGUGGCAGAGUCUUUUGUCAAGGCUCUUUGAUCACAGAUGAGUGGGUUCUGACGGCUGCCAGUUGCUCAUUAAGAUCUUACCUCAGUGGUGCAGUAUUGAACUUGGGUGCAAACAACCAGUCAAGAUUUGGGGAAGUAACUCGUAGAGUUGACUCAAUUGUCUGCCAUCAAGAUUAUGGAUCUCAUUAUGAUAACGGUGAGAACGACAUCUGUCUUGUAAAGCUGUCAGCUCCUGUCAACUUCACGGACUACAUCCAACCGGUCUGCUUGGCCUCAGAAGAUAGCACUUUCUAUGAUGGAACUGCCAGCUGGGUCGCUGGUUUCAUUGGUACUGGCUAUUAUGGUCCUACUUUCCAUGAAGUAGAUGUAUCAGUGUUCGGGAACAAUAAAUGCAGCUGCAUCUACAGAAACUACUACUACCAGAGCUUCAAUCCAAUAACAGAUAACAUGAUUUGUGGUGGAAUUGAGAACGGAUUAAACCCUGUAAAUUAUCAAAAACAAGGUGCUGCUCUUGUGACGAAAAAAGCCUCCAUCUGGGUCCAAAGUGGGAUUGUGAGUUAUGUUAAUGAUUAUUACCUCGGUCGACCUACCGUCUACACUCGUGUGUCCCAGUACCAGAAAUGGAUCAGCUCGCAGGCUGCAGCAGGGCCGAGCUCAAUUCAUGGCAGUGGCUGCGUUGCAGCAGUUCCGGUGGCGGUUCCGGUGGCAGUUCCGAUGGCUCGAUGUGGCUUUUUGGCUGCCAAUAAGUGGCCGGCAGCGGGCACCACCGGCCACUCCGGGGGCAGCAUCUGCCAGCGGCGGGCACCAUCAGCCACUCCGGGGGCAGCAUGCUGGCUGCGGGCACCCCUGGCCACUCCGGGGGCAGCAUCUGCCGGCAGCGGGCACCAUGGGCCACUACGCAGCCACGUCGGUAGCAGGCUCUCCGGGCACGGCCACUACGCAGCCACCAUGAUGACAGUCCGGCUGUCAUGCCAGUAG